UCUAAGUUUACUGCAAUCUCUGCACAGGGGGAGGGAGAGAGAGGGAGAGAGAGACAGAGAUUACCAACAUGAGAGCAGGUAGAGAGUUUAGGGCAAGACUCCUUCCAGCUUCAGCAACUGACUUGGUCCCAUGAUGUGUGUAGCUGUGGACAGUGGAAUAAACCCAUACACUCAGUGAAAGCAGCCAAAGGAAUUUGGGCAACACAGAAAAAAUCAAGUACGAUGAAGAACGAAGAAACAAGUUUUAAUGUGGACAGUACCCAAGCCUCUCCCUUCUCCCGCUGCCUGCAGCCACUGAGCCCUGUUACAAAGCCACACAGAACAACUCCAUUUGGUGAAGAAUUCAGACCUCACCUCUCACAUUUCCGCUAUGGCCCUCCUUCCCUGGGAGACACGGAAACAUUCCAGGGGUCCUUGGAAGGAGGGUCUCGGAAACGCAAGAGCAUGCCAACAAAAAUGCCUCCUUCUAUCACCCUCGAGGGCUCCUCAUCACCACCAGACAGACCUGAAGAUCACAAUGAUAUAGGCUCUUCCAGUCUCCCCUUGGUGUUCCAACAGCCAGCACAGACCAAGUACAGUUCCCAGAUGAUUGACCUCUGCAACUUUGGUUUUCAGUUCUACAGAACUCUGGAGCACUUUGGAGCCAAGCCCAUUAAGCAAGAACCAGCAAAGCCUAACAUGGCAUGGCCCAGUAGCCCAGCAUUCAUGCAGGCUCCUUACCCUUAUUAUCCUAAAGUCCACUCUGGUUUAAUGUUUCCUUUUAUUGUGCCACCCAACUUUCAUUUCAGGAAUGCCUUUCAAAUGAAAAGACCUCCAGAGCCACCCUUCAGGAGGGCUGAAGUAAGAGAAAGUGGUGAAAAUAAACAGAAAGUGGAAAGAGUAGAUGUCAACCUUCAGAUAGAUGACAGUUACUAUGUUGACGUGGGGGGUGAACAGAAGCGCUGGCAAUGUCCCAUGUGUGAGAAGUCCUAUACAUCCAAGUACAAUUUGGUCACCCAUAUCUUGGGGCACAGCGGCAUUAAGCCACAUGCUUGCACCCGAUGUGGCAAGCUUUUCAAGCAGCUGAGCCACUUGCACACACAUAUGUUGACACACCAGGGCACUCGGCCACAUAAGUGCCAGGUGUGCCACAAGGCUUUCACUCAAACUAGUCACCUUAAGAGACACAUGAUGCAACACAGUGACAUCAAGCCUUACAACUGCAGGAUCUGUGGCAGAGGUUUUGCCUACCCCAGCGAGCUGAAAGCACACGAGUCGAAGCACGAGAGUGGCCGAGAGAACAUUUGUGUGGAGUGUGGUCUGGACUUCCCAACCUUGGCCCAGCUGAAGAGGCACUUAACAACCCACCGUGGCCCUAUACAGUACAAUUGCACUGAAUGUGAUAAGACCUUCCAGUACCCGAGUCAGCUGCAAAACCACAUGAUGAAGCACAAAGACAUCCGCCCGUACAUCUGCACUGAAUGCGGCAUGGAGUUUGUGCAGCCCCACCACCUCAAACAACACUCCCUAACUCACAAGGGUGUGAAAGAGCACAAAUGUGGAAUUUGUGGCCGGGAAUUUACUCUGCUGGCCAACAUGAAGCGACAUGUCCUGAUCCACACCAACAUCAGAGCCUAUCAAUGCCAUUUGUGCUUCAAGAGCUUUGUGCAAAAGCAGACUCUCAAGGCCCACAUGAUUGUUCACUCUGAUGUCAAACCCUUUAAAUGCAAGCUGUGUGGAAAGGAAUUUAACAGAAUGCACAAUUUAAUGGGACACAUGCACUUGCAUUCAGACAGUAAGCCUUUCAAGUGCCUCUACUGUCCCAGCAAAUUCACCUUGAAGGGGAACCUAACCAGGCACAUGAAAGUCAAACAUGGGGUCAUGGAAAGAGGAUUUCAUUCUCAAGGUUUUGGAAGAGGAAGAAUUGCUCUGUCCCAAACAAAUGUCUUGAGAAGCUUGGAACAGGAAGAGCCCUUUGAUCUUUCCCAGAAAAGCCAAGGGAAGGGAAUCUCAUUUCAUUCGGAUGGUGAGAGUGCCAAGGGAAGCUCAUGCCAGGAAGAAGAGGAAGACAACUGCUAUGAGGCAGAGCGGUACAACCCUGCCAUGUACCGCUAUGAUGACAACAAGCUGUACGUGGCUCAAGAUCUGUCUGGCAAACCUGAGUGCAUGAUGAAGGACUUCAGAGAGUCCUAUUGCAAUGAGAAGGAAGAAGUGCUAAGUGAGGCAGGACUGGAGAAGAGAAUAGGAAAUUCAGACAAACAGGAGAGCCAAGGAGAGAGAGACCUUGCAAACAACAAAGAACACCUCGGCUUUAGAUCUUUUGAAAAAGCCAGACUUGGCCACUCUCUCUCUGAUUACCUGUAUUUCAAGCACAGGAACAAGAGUUUGAAAGAAUUGCUGGAAAGAAAAAUGGAAAAACAAACAAUGCUUAUAGGCAUUUAAAAUGGACAUUUUAAAACAGCUGAAAAAUGGGAACCAGAUAGCUUUUAACAUGAACUGUAAUUUACUAAAGCCUGGAAGUUUGUAGUAGCCUUUAGAAAUAAACAAGCCAAAUUAAUAAAAAUAAUUUAAGGUAAAACAUGUACAUUGAAAGAAUAAAGCAGUCAAAGGUCACCAAGAAAUGCAAUAGAUAUUGAACAAUAACAAUUUUAUACUUAUUCAUUUGAUGUAUAAGCAGGCAAUGGGGUGGGUACAGAAGAUUAUUUUCCUUUAUCUGGGGUGGUAGAGUCUUAUAUGCAAUUUUCUAGUUAUCAAAAAGCAACAUACUUUAGUGUUUGAUUUAUUAUCUGAAUAAAUAUAUAUGAACACUUCUAACUAUACAUCUCAUAAAAAAAUCUGAAAAUACUAAGUAUUUCAGAGUAUAAGGAAGAGUGCUAUUAGACAUGGUGUGCAUGAAAGUGUUGUCACUCUCAGAACUAACACAGUCCAAAUACUUUCAUUUACUGAAGUGACUGUUAGUUCAAUCACUUACAAUGAGAAAUGGGAAACAAAUUAAGAAGAAAUACUAAUGUCUUGUGAGAUAGCGAAGGGCAGCUCUGUAAGGACUGGAAUUUAUUACAGUCAUAGAAGCUUUUCCUCUGGCAUAAGGGAUGUUCAUGCUUUGCUAUGUUUCAGUCAGUAUGGGAGUAUUUGGCAAUUCUUCAAGUGAAAUAGCAUGGACCAUGUUGACAUUUUGUUCUACUGUCUGGUCAGACCAAUACAUCUAAUAAGAAGCAGCAUCGUGUAGUAUUUGCAAGUCUUGCUGUAAUUACACAUGAAGCAAUAUGAGUAAUUUAAUUGAGAAAAUGAUGCAAUUUUGCUGUUUAUCUCUUCAGUUUAUCUAGCAAGGAUGAUUUUGAAAUGCACAGCUCUCAUCAGAUUUUAUUUUAGAAGGUAUACCAAAAAAGAGCCCUUACAGAGUGAGCAGUAGCUCACAGAGGAAAACUGGUUUUGGAUUUCCUCUUAUUGGAAUCAGAAAUUUUCCCUUAUCAACAUGGCUUGAACAGUAAGCUCCAGGCCUUUCAGAACAAUUCCACUCACACUGUUUUUAGUGAGUCAUUCCCAACGUUUUAUCCUCUGAUUCCCAUACAACUGUAUGUUCAUAACAAAGAUGCUAAAAGCACAUUCCACUAAGCACAUUCCAUUAAUUGCAUGAAUAUUUUGACCAGUGCUUGAUUCCUGCAUCUUCAAGAUAGACAGAUGACAAACAGCCCCACACCAUCCUAUUGCUUAUAAGGAAAUAAAGAUUUAAUAAGUCAUUUAAUAAGUCCUAUGUCAUUCUGACAUCCCAGGUCAAAAGUUUAAAAUCCAUAUAUAUGGUACAUCUUUUCCAAAUAUUACUACCUUCUUCACUUACCUGCCAAGUUCUUGAUUUGAAAUACCUUGCUAUCAUGCUCAAUAUAUAGCAAGUUAUAAUUAAAUAUAGUCAUAUACUUGUGGCUUGCUAAGGCUAGAGUCAUGCAGCUUCAGCUCUCUGCCAUAAUAAGAAACCACCCACCUUACAGAACUAAUGAUUCUUACACCUACCAGUUAAUCAGCAUUCACAGGGCAGCAGCCCUUAUUCAUCAUAUAAAACUGGGUUUGUGUAGUCCAAGGUUGCAGAAGGUGGUUUCAUUUUUCAGGGCUCAAACACAGCAUAAUAAAGAUUUUUAAUGAAGAUCAGAAAUAGCUGUUGAUAAAAGAAGCUGUAACAUAUGGGUGACUCUUCUAAAUGUAAUUAACUCUAUAGCUGAUGUACAUAAUUUUUUAAAAUAAAAAGAGUAUACCAAAUUGAAGUGGAAUGUAGGUCAUUUUAGGCCUAGAAUUAAUGAAGUCUUUCAAAAUUAGGUAUAUUUCAGAGGUACAUAGCCAUGUUUUUUCAGUGGUGAACUGUUUUACCAUAUACUCAACUUCCUUGCUUCUACUGCAAGAUAAAUCCUGUUGAAAAAGGAUCCAUCUUUCUUUCAAUGAAGACAUUGUGGUCAAGAAGAAGAAUCAGAAAAUUUUCAGAGUAAUGUGUGUAACUGCAUUCUUUCUUAGAUGAGAGGGGAAAUGAUCAGGUAGAAAUUCAGCAUGGGCUAGGAUAUAGUCUCUUAGAAAUGGGAACAAGUCCUUCGGUUACCUUCUUGGCAAUAUCUUGUCUCUGCCAGACAAAAGUUCCUAUUUGAGAACAUACACAGCCAAGAGCUGGGAGCUACUGACUCUUAGAAAUGUCUCCCUCAAGGUGGUAUAGUUUCCAGCUGUGCAUGAUUCAUGAUCUGUCCACUGCACCUUUGCAGCCAUAUUAGUUCCUACGAUAAGAGGAAUGAGCAACGAAUCAGGAACCUGGUUGCAAUUCCUAAAAUGAUGAUCAUGCAGAUGAGUUGAACUUAGCAAGUCCCUUCACUUCUGUGGUGGGUAAAGCAGAAAGGCAUGCAGCCCUUCCAUUGCAAAGCCCUGUUGUCUAUGCAUUGGAGAGUGUUAUGAGACAGCUAGACAAUACUUAUCAAGAAAGAGACAAAUGAUUACAUAUCAACAGCACUCCAGGCAAAUGGAGCAAAGGAGACAUUUUCAGCAGAGCUCAUCUGCCAGUAGAUAACAUCAUAACCACAAAAAAGAUGUCUACUGGAAGAAUGCAGUCCAGAGUUCCCUUACAGGCCUUAUAAUGGAAAGUGACAGACAUGUCCCUGGGAAAGGAAAUCACUGCAAACAGUUCUGGAUUGUCUGAAUCGUUAACCCAAACACUUUCAACCACACUGUCACUGCAAUUUAUCCACUUCUACAGUCCCACUUCUCAUUGGAGCAAAGGCAACUGCCAACCACAUACAGCCAGGUGGAAGGGAGUAGAAGUUCCCAGAAUGGCAAUGCUAUUUGGGAAUAAUUCAUAAUGUGAAUCCCUUUUCUUACAUUCUUCCUAGAAAGCAGAGAAUAUUCCAUUACAAUGAGGCCUUGAGACGGUGCCCAGUCACAUAGUGACACCAAGCUAAUUCACAAACACCCAAGGCUAAUUCAUGUUAGAAUAGUAAAGAACUCAUCUAAAACUGUAAGUCACCAGUCAGAGGAAUUGCAAACAGAACUAUUACUGAGAUAAGGAGACAGUGCCAAGUGACCCAAGCAGAGAGAUUAGGAGAUGAUAGUCCUCCCUACUGCAGAACAUAAUGCAGCUGGGUCUGAGAUACUUGUUACAAAGAGGCCCCAAGGGACAAAUAAAAAGUGAAAUAACAGCCUUCAUUGUGAAGCACCUUGCUUUUCAAACAUAAGUUAUUUUCAUGCUAUUUACAUUGGCACCGUUUUGGGAACAGACAGUAACUGCCUUUGCUUUUUAAUAGCUUUGAAAAUGCUUUAUAGAAAUUUGGUCUCAUAAUGAAGUUAUUUCCCAUUUCUAA